GUGCCGGUCUGGUGAUUAGCGCCCAUGUUUCCCUAUGUCCACACUCAGGAAACGGACGCCUGUCUGUUGCUGGGUCCUCGGUGUCAGAGUGCUGACCGGGGCUGUGAAUGCUGACGUCAGCCUCCACAAAAGAGACAAACGUCCGAGGAAAAUGCCGUCCCCCUCACGCCCGGCCUGUGGCUCUUCUGCUCUGGCUCUGACUGGAAGUGUAGUUAUUACCUGAUGGCACUCGGAGUCUGUCCAGAUGAGGGGUGUCAGAGCAAGCAAGCCACCCCCUCCGGCACCAGCUGGCCUGCCAGGGUGCCUGGGCCAUGCCGGGACGCCAGCCUGCCCGUGGAAGAAUCUGCGUGGCUCAGCCGUCGGGAGCCCACACAUCCCCAGAACUGGUCGAAGCGUGCCUCUCGACUUACAGUGUCCUUCCCUUAAUCCGUGCGGUGCCCGUGCAGAGCCCGUGUGUUCGGUUCCGUAUGUUCCACCAGGAGGACAUUAACUGGAUUGCCAGCUCUCUGUGUUUGAAAGAGAUGUAUAACCUGGGGAACUAAUUUAUUGGAUUUUAAAAGGGUUUUUCGAAAUUCUGCUUGUAACCAAUGACUUGGCAGAUAUGUUUCCUUCUUUUCAGUAAAGUAAGAACCCUGAUGGGUUGUAUAAUGCGGCGGGAACCACAUUGGUCACACGGCCGUCCCUUGUGCAUUAGAGUCCGUCUGUGUCCCAGCUGCGUGAGGCUGUGGCCUUGUGGGCAUCCAGCCUUUCAUGGACUUCCCACCCCCGGUGGCUGCAGAGAGGAGUGUGGUGUGGGAGCCCACGGGGGACGGGAGGAGAGUCAUCUCGCUGGCCGACAGCCACAUCCUGCUAUGGGACCUGCAGGAGAGCUCCAGCCAGGCCGUGCUGGCCAGUUCGGCGUCCCUGGAAGGGAAGGGACAGCUGAAGUUCACCUCGGGACGGUGGAGCCCUCACCACACCUGUACCCAGGUGGCCACCGCGAAUGACACGACCAUCCGAGGGUGGGACACGCGGAGCAUGAGUCAGAUCUACUGCAUAGAGAACGCCCACGGGCAGCUGGUGCGGGACCUGGACUUCAACCCCAACAAGCAGUACUACCUCGCCAGCUGCGGGGACGACUGCAAGGUCAAGUUCUGGGACACCCGAAAUGUCACCGAGCCUGUGAAGACCCUGGAGGAGCACUCGCACUGGGUGUGGAGCGUCCGCUACAACCACUCGCACGACCAGCUCGUGCUCACGGGCAGCAGCGACAGCAGGGUCAUCCUGUCCAACAUGGUGUCCAUCUCCUCCGAGCCCUUCGGCCACCUGGUGGACGACGACGACCUGAGCGACCAGGAGGAGCGCCGUCCGGAGGAGAAGAGUCAGGAGCCCCCGCAGGACAGCGUCAUCGCGACCUACGAGGAGCACGAGGACAGCGUGUACGCCGUGGACUGGUCGUCCGCCGACCCCUGGCUGUUCGCCUCCCUGAGCUACGACGGGAGGCUCGUCAUCAACCGGGUGCCCAGGGCCCUGAAGUACCACAUACUGCUGUAGCGCGUCCCCGGCCGUCCUCGGCUGGCUCUCCCGCCCCCGCAUCUGUUCGGAGGCGGCUGUCCCCACAGGCCGCUCUCCGGGAACCGGCCUCACCUGCGUCCGCCGCGGGAGCCCCCGCGGCUGCGCAGCCGGGUCUCGGCGAGGUGCCCCGUCUCUGGGGAUGGCGCCAGGACGUGCUGCCCGUCGGUCACCGUUGGCCUUCUCUGGUCUCUUCGAGGAUGCUGGGAGUGUCACUGAAAGAAAAUAGUAUCUGUUUCCAUAACAUUAACUCCCGUUUCUCUUGAGAUUAAAAGUAACAUAACCAAGGCCGCGCG